AUGGUGAGAUAGAGACAGAGAAAGAGAGAGGAAGAGAUAGAGACAGAGAAACAGACAGGUACGUACAGGUGUGCCUAUGACAACUAAAUGACAGUACCUGGUGAUUAAACUGGUGAAUUUUUAGUGAGUCACGUUUGAGUCACGAUUGAGUCACGUUUAAGGCAGUUUUGAUUCUCGUCCCCUUCAUCGCUUUCGUCUGGCAUUCUCUCCACUUCUUGAGCACUUCGCAGGAGGGAAUCUGGUUUAGUUGUGGGUCUGUCGUGGCCCCGGCAGGAGGUGACCCCGUGAUGCUGCUGACGAAGACCUACUGAAGGGCUCAACGUACAUGUAUGACGCACGUUAGUGAGGGUCCCCCACCGCCCACCUCCACCACCACCACCACUACUACCACCACCAGAACCGCCCCCCGCCCCGCCUCGCAGGUUGGGGGGGGCGCGUGAUGGCCGCGGGGGGGCGCCUGAGGUGUGGUGGGCGGGAUUCAGCCACAGUGCUGCCUUGCCUCACAGAGGUGUGGCGUGGCGGCGGCAUGAGGUUCAACAAGGCGGAGCUGGCGUGUCUGGCGGCGCACCCCUCACACCAGUUUGACAAGGAGGGCGUCUUGCUCCUCAGGGAAAGGCAUGACGGCUUCUUCAGGAGGACGGAAGGAUUGGAUGGAGUUAAGGCCAGGAAGAAGAUACCUUUGAGAGAACUGACGUGUGUGGCGCCUCAGAAAACAGUGAGCACAGAGCGAUGGUGUCGUCUGCGCGGCAACCUGCUCUUCUACUUCAAGUCUCGAGAUCACUGGUCGGAGCCUGCCGGGGUGAUCGUGCUGGAGAACUUUCAGGUGACACUGGACCAGUGCACAGAGGCGCCCUUUGCCUUCAAUCUGGUGUUCGAGGGUGGCACACAGCACUGCGGGGCACUAUGUCAAGGGGAGAGAGAUGCGUGGAUCACAGCCAUCCACCAGGCGUCCUUUGCUUACAUGAGGCAGCAGGUUGAGUCACUGCAGCAGGAGGUGGCAGCCCGGCAGUCGUCCCUACCAGCAGACAUCCACCACCACCGCAUCAACACCGGCAUCACGUUAGAGUUUGCCCCGCGUAGUGAGUGCUCCCAGACAGGUGUGCCCCGCCCUCCUGUAGAUGUGAAUGAGCCGCCCUUUCUGGAGAUGUGCAUUUCCUGCGACAACCUGCGAUGUGAUGGUGACGGACGGCCCCCCAACCCUCGUGUCAGUGUGCAGGUCCUCAACCCCCCACAGACUGCCUGGCUCCACUAUGCCCAGACAGAAGUUAUUGAGACAACCAGCAAUCCAAACUUCCUGUCAACGGUGAGUUUCCGGAAGAGUGACGGGCUGGACUCCCAGACUCAGGUGCGGCUUGUGGUGUACGACGUGCGGGAGCGAGUCACCAACACCACUACGCAGCUCGGCCAGUCCAUGAUAAGUCUUGGGGGUCUGCACGAGACUGGUCGCUCCCGCCUGAGUCUGCUGUCCCCAGCCGGCAGGAAUGUUGGCUUCAUCACCAUCAGUGCGUGGACUUUGGAGGCAGAGUCUGUGGAUGCUUCCUCCCACACUCCCAGCAAUGCCACGCCGCACCACCAGCCCGCCCCACCCCCCGUGGCCUGCCACCGCCGCACUCAGUCCCUGCCGCCGCGCCUCAGCUCCAAGACCCGCCACCCCACUCAGGGCCACCUCAGCCUGCUCUUUGACAACCCCACCAUGGCCACCUUCAGGUUCCACUCCGGCCUGGGUGGCGACAUCGCCGUGCUGGAGGUCAUGGCUGAGAGCAGAUAUUGCUUCUUGUUCCCUCAGCAGCUGUUGCGGCUGUGGAUGUCUGAGGAGCGGCGGUGGCAGGAGGAGCUGUCGUCACUCGGGGACCUGUCAGACCAGUGGCACACCCGGCAGAUGGCUCUCCUCAACCAGCACGUCACUCUCAUCAACAUCUACAACAUGGCACUCGACACCCUGGACGUGGCAGCGCAUUCCGGUUCAAGUUUCAAGAAGAGUACAGACAAAGGUGAGACGUCUCUGGAGAUGUCCCCCACCAACCUCCACCUGCAGCGACUAUGGGCACAGAAUGAAUCUCUCCGCCGGUCUGGCUUCUACGACAUCAUUACCUGUGGCAUCUUCACAGCAUUCUCUCAAGGCUACAAGAAGGGUGGCCUCAUUAACAUGCUGCAGAAAGCCAAGAGCUCCCGCAGGACGCCAGGUGGAGGGGACAAGGCAUGGGCGAGUGAAGCAGCAGUGGAGGGGAUCAAGCGACUGAGGCAGGAGGUGGUGACUCUGCUGCGCUCCCUGCUGGUGACGCUGCGGCAGGGGGAGAUGGAGACCCUCACUACACUUCUCACCAAACUGCAGGAGAAGACGCGCUCCUUGUUGAAUGUCAUUGAGCCAUCACUGGUGGAGGAAGCCUUUGAGUUCUUGGACCAGAUCAGAGUGCCACAGAACCCCUCACGCAUCUUGACGCUGGCUACACGAACCUACUCCAACUACAAUAUAUCAGGUUACUUGAGCCCUGAGACUGCCUUAGACCUGGAGUUGAUGAGUCCCGACGCACCGAACUUGCCAGUGUGUGGGAACCCGGAACACAGACAGGGUGAAGCAGAAAGAACUAUUAGUGUUAUGAAAGAUAUUGAUAUUAUGGAUAUACAGGAGAACAGCAUAUACAGACCGACUGACGAACCUGAGCCGUGGGACCUGAUUCAGCUGAACGUUCAGGCGAGCAUCAUGUGCCUCUCUAGUAAGAUAAAGACCUUCUGUAACCGAAUGAAUGAGUCCCGGGAGAGAGGAAUGAGUGAGAGUGCAAGUGGAGAAUUACAGAAUGAACUACAAAGCAAGGACAACUGUGGGAAGGACACGACACUGAAGGAUGAUGCAGCAAGCAGUGCCGGCGAUCAGACUGACACAGCACGUAGCCAGGUCAAUGUCACGGAGGCGCAGAACAUCACGCCGAGUCUUGUCGCUCAGACCCAGGCCGUGAUAUCCACCUCACUUGGGUCAGACUCCAGCCACGCCUCUGGUAAGUCAAUGUCGUCUAGUCUUGGCGUGGCGAGGACAAAUGAGAGUCAGCGGUCCUCCUGCUCCGCCACACCCGAUGUGUCCCCUUGUGAAGAGGACAGCGGCAUUGGUCUGGAACGAGUGACCAGUGAGGUGGAAAGAACAGACUGUAUAAGCGACGGUGGUCUGUCCGUGGAUGACGAGAGGAGAGACGAACUCUUGCCGCUGGACAAGACUGAGGUGAAGCGUGGGGAGCGGGAGGAGCAUGCAGUGAACAGUGACACACGAUAUGGGACAGACUCUGGGGUGAUCAAAUCUAGUAAGUUAGAAUCCAUCAUGGAACAGAGCAUUGAAGAUCUUGGGCCGAGCCUGGAUGGGGACGUGAAAUCCAUCCAGACAUCAAGCGAUGACGGAAUACAGUGCUUGGAAAGCGGAACAUUGAACGAAAAGGAAUCCAUGACAACCCAGAGGAGAGACUCAAGUGCCAGUAAAAAUGUAGAAUGCAAUGGUGAUGAGACAAACAAAAACCAAAACUCCACAGGUUACAAAGAUGAAAACAAGGACAAAGACCCUGCAGAAGUCACUCCCUCACACAAAGCAAAGGGUAAGAGCACCCCGGAGGAGGUGGACUGGGUGUCUGAGGUGCGGCCGAGCAUGAAGAAGCUGCGGCAGGCAAUGGAUGGCUUGAUGCGCACUGCCCGCCUCGUCCACAGUGUUUUCCGGCUGCAACAGACACCAGAGGCAGCACAGGCAACGCACAACAUCAAGUACAGGAGGGACAUUUGCUUCUCCCAGGCGUUGACGUCUUUGGUGACGGGCCUGAUGACUCGACUGUGGUGCAGGAAGGCCGACCCACUUUUUGUCACUGUCCUGGCUCAUCUCGGACCUCUGGCGGAAUUUGAAUGCCUGGUCUCCUGUCACGGGAAUGACGAGGGGAUGCUGAGUGACAUGGUGGUGGCGGUCGAGGACUUGGGCACAGUAGAGUUCGUUAUGGUGUCAACCGCUGGGCCCCAGAAUGGCAACAGGACCCGCAGUGAAGGCGCCACACCCCCACAGGUCUCCUACGAACUGCCAAUGCCUCACGUCUCUGGAAACAGGUGUGGAAUGAGAGUAGUGUUGCCAGUACCAGAACACGUCUUCAGCCUGCUCCCCAACACCAGUUCCCAGCAGCCCAACGACCCACCCACCUUCUGUGUCACCCCUGUGCUCUUCAACAUUGGCAUCAACGAGGAGGCCACGCUGGCAGAGAAGCUUGGCACGGACGGCCCACAGACCCGCAACAACCAGGACAGCUACGAGCGGCUGUCUCAGUACUACCAUCGGUUCAAGAAGCUGCCUCUGCCUCAGGAAAGCAGCAGAAGGGUUCCAUCCAUGGGUAGUGAAGUGCCGCUGGUGGAUUUAAUUGACAAGCUUGGAGUGGAAGUGAUGUCCUCGAGAAGCAAGAACCCUGCGGUGCUAUACCUGGCUGCCCAGUGCUGCCGGGCCAUGGCAGGCCUUCGCUUCACGUCCUGCAAGAGUGGCAAGGACCGGACAGGGAUGAGUGCCACACUGGAGCAAGCAAGUAUUUUGGCAGCUGAAUACGACUUGGCAGAGACGGAAUUUCAGCGCGCCUUGAACUGCAUGAGAAGUGAGGGCACCAGACUGGAGAACUGCCAGAAGAACGUUGGGUCACGGAGAUAUGCGUUCUCUGCCAUCAACCUCACUCUGUUCCCUAAGCAGUACCGGCCCCCAUCAGGCACCUACGGCUCCAGCAUCACCUAGAGACGGAAAUCACAACUUGUAUUUUUGUACACCGGUAUUUGUGUGACUGUACUCCCUAGUCAGUGUAUGCCAAGUGUGUGUGUGGGUGUGUGUGUAUGUGUUUGUAGUGGUUGUAAUGUGUGGUUUUACUUGUGUUAGAGAAACAGAUUUUGUUUUGUAAGCAGGUGAUUGAUUGAUUUGGAGUGAGAUUAUCUUGUGGUAUCUAUCUUGUGCUUAUUUAAACAAAGUAUGUGAUGAAGAUAAGAUGGAAAUAUUGAAGGGUUAUGUAUUUUAAAGCAACUUUUAAUUCAUAAUAUGCAAACCAGAUAUUUAUGUUUUAUUUACAGUAGUAAUUUAUUUAAUACAUUCCGUAUGUGGAGGUGUGUGUGUGUGUGUGUGUGUGUGUGUGUGUGUGUGUGUGUGUGUGUGUGUGUGUGUGUGUGUGUGUGUGUGUGUGUAUGUACGUGUGCAUGCAUGUGUGUGUUCAUGUAAGAGGUGUGUUGAUAUGGGUGACACAAGCAGCUGUUCCUAAGAUGGGAAUAUCCUUGGUGUUACUAAGCAUUUGUCUCUAUAUCAAAAUUGUCAACUUUGAAUCCUAACAGACAGUCUUGUAUAUGUAGAUGAAGUGCUUUCACAAGUGUCAAAGAAUGCACUAUAAAUUAUUACACUGAUAAAUAUUGUAUAUAACUUAUAUAUUUAUACUUGUAUAGUGAAUAAUUCAUUAGCAUUACAAAAUGUUCAUGUAUGUACUAUAUUUGAUCAUUCGCUGAGUUCCACCACAAUCGUUCAUGCAUUUCUAUCAUCAGGUCAUGGAUAGUCAGGGUCAGAGGUCAAGGCUCCUGCAGCACUCACUCUUCUGUGUGACAAGGGAAGUGAAUUGAGUUUUGACCACAGUUGUGACUUGAUGCCUCAUGACCUACAUUUGAUCUUGUGCCGAGUGUUCUUGUUUGUGUACAUACCGUUCACCCACCAUCACUCCCCCACACCAUUAGUCCAGCACCCCAUCACACUUGUACCCUCACCCUCAGUCGUGGGGAAUGUACUGGUGUGACAUUCUGCACAUUUUCUGUCUUGUGUGACAUUUGAGAUUAUCCGAAGCUCGUGUAAUUAGUACUGACUCCGCUGACGUCAUAUUGACUUCACUAAGAUUAGCGCUGUUACAGAAACCUGUUUCUCUGUACAUAAACGUUUUAACAGUUGUUGGUUUAGAUUAUGUACGCUUCUAAAGUUGUACAUUUUUAGAGUCUGACAAACAGGUUGGAUGUGUGUAUGUACGAUAUUCUUGUAUAGGACGUGUUGUUUAAAAAUGUCAAGAAAGAAGUAUUGUGUUAAUUCUUGCUACUACUAACACUCAUCGCGGGGCCUUCGCUCUUCAUGGUCCUCUUGUUGUUGUAGGUUUAAAUCGUGUUCAGCAUACAGUGAACAUUUACUUCACACUGAUCCUAUUCUUCCAGUGACUAAGUAUUGACAAAAGGCUAAAUUCUACAGUAAGUUUAGUGCUAUCUGACUUACACUGUAUAUUAUUGAUGAAAGAGCUUACAAAUUACUGUCUGUAAGUUGUAUUCCUUAGCUGAAGAUAUAACACAGAUCAUGUUCUCGUAACGCGUUUGUUGUCACGUUAUUUAGCUGUACGAAGCUAUCAAGAUUCAUAUGAGGGUGUUGUUUGUCUUUAAAUGAACUAUCAGGUUAUAAAGUUGUCGGCGCUAAGCAGCCAAGGCAUCGCGUAGAAAAUGUUGGUACUCCUGUGCAGGGUUUGGUGAGGGAAGGUGAUGCAUCGGCUCACUCUGUUACUCACAUAUCUUGUUUGCAUUUUGGGGUUUGGGAAUAUUUUUCAUUUUUUUAUUCUAUUUAUUGAAUCAUUUAUUUAUUUAUUUGCAAUUUUUUUUACGGUGGUGGUGGUCUAUAUGAGCUAACUGGCCUUUGAAAACAGUCAUGGUGAGAGAGCAGUGUCUCUGAAUACAGGCCAAGUCAACACAUUACACUAUUUUGCUGAUAAUUUAUGUUGAUAAGGAUCAUUGAGGAACUCCUGCUGAGCUUUAAUUAGACUCGGAAGCAUAAGGAAUUAUAUAUGCAGCCACAGUCAUCAGCCAUCACAUUUUUCUCCUUUUAAUUAACUAUUUUUACAAGUCAAGCGUACCUGAUUUUUGUACCUAAUUAGCAGAAGUCACUUGCUGUAAUACUCACGUGUUGCUCCAGGUAAAUGUUUCAACACCAAUUGGUGUGAAUUGGUAACAUGUAUGCAUUAUUUUUUUGUAUUGCAUUUGGUCAGUUUUCCCAAGAAUCCCACAUGAAUUGAGUAAAGGAUGCCAUGCAGAACUUUUGAACUAUAGGAAACAUCAUAGAGUGAAUGCUGUAUACUAACUUCCGUGCUCAAACAUAAGACAUAAGUUUGGUUGACAAUGAUGAUAUGUUGUUGUGAGGGUGCCUGAAGAACCUCCUCCCUUGGUCACCCACUUGUUGCUCUCGUCUGUUGUGGAGCUUCUCUCCUCACCCUCAGAAACUGUAAGUUGUCAGGGGCUGUUGUGCUUUCAAACACCGUCAUGUCUCAUCUUAUCUGGUAUCUUCAAGAGGCUCCAGUGGAAGGUACAAGGUUUUCCUGGAUAUUUUCAUGAUUCUGGUGGUGGCUUAAGGAUUUUGCAUCAUCAGGAGGAAAAAGAGCCUUGAAAACCAGACCAAUCACCUGUGUAGCCCUUGAAAGUAGUUGUAAUGAGAGAAGGUGGUGGUGUUUGAGAGCAGUGGCACUGGCUGCUUACACCUAAUAAUUGUUAGUGUAGUACUAUACCAGCCUCUGCAUAAACUAAUAUAGUAUAAAGAUGAACUUGUAAUAUUUCUGCUAUUUUUCUAGAUACUUCAUGUUUAAAGAAAAUAAAAAAAAGACCAGUG